GUGGCCGGUUUGAGAGUUGUGCUAAAGUGCGCCGCGGAGUGAUGACGUGUGCGCACCCGACGCACCUUCUCCACCGCCGCCGUAUACGUAUAACAGACUUUAUUUACCGGUUCAGUAUAUACCAACGGUUUGGUUUUAUUUGGUUUUCUCUUAGCUUAUUCAACUUUUUACUUGAGAAUUAGUUAGUUUGGUUGGAUCCGGUUUAGUAGUUUUUCGAUUUUGGAAAUAUAAGUAAACCAUAUAUUUUCAUUUAGAAACGGCCAGAAAAUCAAAGAAAUUCUAGGGCCUUUUUUCUGCCGUAGUCUCUCUAUUUUAUGCACAAUAUUUUUUUUCGAACGUGUGAAAUCGAUUAUUAGCGAUUAAUUAUGAUAUUACAGCAAUGAGAAUAUUACAAAGACAUUCUACAGCCGACAAAUCUAUCAAACUGUGAGAAUACACGUCUGACUGCACCACUCUGAGCCGUCCUAUGAGAUCCAUGUUCUAUGAUCUCCGGGUGUAGAAGCAAUUAAACCCUUAGUCAAACCAUUAGACCAAGAGAACUUCCACAGAGAUUGUCCCGGUUCUUCACGAACCGGUUUCUUCUGUUCUUGGCCAGAUUUCAUUCUCUGUACGGUUAACGAACCGACACUGGUUUCUCCAGCACAGAGACAUUAACGCUGUUCCAGACAUCGGUUCUUGUUGGUAAACCGGCAAUCCUCUCAGCAACCUCCAUGUCUUCAGGCAAAACAGAGCCGAAAACAGUGGGUUCAAUGCAUCAUGUCAUCAUCAAAAACAACAUGCUGAUUCUUCAAGAAAGCUGCGUAGAUUCAUCAGCCUCGCUUGUGGUCUACACUCCAGUGGAUCUACCAGCACUGAACAUGGCAAUGAGUGGUCAAGAUACAUCUUACAUCCCCAUUUUACCCUCUGGUUUUGCUGUUUUACCAGACGGAAACAGGAAUAAUCAACUUGCAGAAAUUAAAGCUGAAGGAAGAGGAAGUGGUGGUUCAUUGAUAACGGUUGGGUUUCAGAUAAUGGUGAGUAGUUUGCAGUCAGGGAAAUUGAAUAUGGAGUCAAAUGAAACAGUUAAUAACCUCAUCAGUUCCACUGUCCACCACAUUAAAACCGCCAUGAGUUGUCCUUCAACUGCGUGAGGACACCAUUAAACGCAAAGUUAUUAAGCACUUACUUUGCCUUCAAUGCCAGCAAAGAGUGUAAGAAAAUCAUUACUCUUCUGGUUAUAUGUCUCCACUUUUCACUCUCUUGUUCUGUUUUUGUUUUUGAAGUUUUUGUGUGUGUACGUUUGAAAUGGUAAAAUAUUUAGUGGGAGGUUGAGUCAAGAACGCACCAUGCUCUUUGUGUAUGGUUCGGGCAUUGACUUCUGUUUGUUUC